UUUGGCUCCCAGCGGACAGCUCGCUGGCUUCCCUGCCUGGCCCUCGGCGAUGGACUCCUUGGCGGCCGCGCUCUGGGCUGGGCUCCAUCUCCGCACGGUUCUGCUAGGUGCCGCGGUCUUUCUGCUCCUUGCCAAUUUCCUCAAAAGGAGGCACCCAAAGAAUUACCCGCCAGGACCCCCGGGCCUGCCCUUCUUUGGCAACUUCUUCCUCCUGGACUUUGAGCAGUCGCAUCUGGCGAUUCAGCCGUAUGUGAAGAAAUAUGGAAACUUGCUGAGCCUGGAUUUCGGCCAAAUGCGUUCAGUAAUUAUAAGUGGGUUGGCCUUAAUCAAAGAAGCCCUUGUCAACCAGGACCAAAACUUCGUGGACCGCCCUGUAAUGCCUCUUCGAGGACAUUUCUUUAAGACAAAUGGAUUGGUCAUGUCCAAUGGUCAGGUAUGGAAGGAGCAAAGGAGAUUCGCCUUGAUGACACUAAGGAACUUUGGCUUAGGGAAGAAGACCUUAGAGGAACGCAUCCAGGAGGAAGCCCAUUACCUCGUCCAGGAAAUAGAAAAGGAGGAAGCACAACCCUUUGACCCCCACUUCAAGAUCAACAAUGCAGUUUCCAAUAUUAUUUGCUCAGUCACAUUUGGGGAGCGCUUUGAGUACCAGGAUGAUCAGUUCCAGGAGCUGCUGAGGCUGCUGGAUGAUGUAACAUGUCUGGAAACUUCACUGUGGUGCCAGCUCUACAAUGUCAUUCCACGGAUAAUGGAUUUCUUACCUGGACCUCACAAAAAAUUAUUCAAGUAUUGGGACAAAAUGAAAUUAUUUGUUGCUCAUAUGAUUGAAAACCACAAGAAAGACUGGGAUCCUGAUAAACCAAGAGACUUUAUUGAUGCUUAUCUUAAGGAAAUGGAAAAGCAUGGUGAUGAUGCCACUUCAAGUUUCAAUGAAGAAAGCCUCAUCUUCUGUACCCUGGAUCUCUUCUUCGCUGGAACAGAGACAACUUCGACGACACUGCGUUGGGCACUGCUUUACAUGGCCCUGAAUCCCGACAUCCAGGAAAAAGUACAUGCUGAAAUCGACAGGGUGCUUGGCCAGUCCCAGCAGCCAGGUAUGGCUUUUCGAGACUCCAUGCCCUACACCUACGCUGCCGUCCAUGAGGUACAGCGAAUGGGGAACAUUAUACCCAUGAAUGUGCCCAGGGCGGUGUCGACACCCACCACCCUGGCCGGAUACCAUCUGCCCAAGGGAACCAUGAUCCUCACUAAUCUGACUGCACUGCACAAGGACCCCAAAGUGUGGGCCACACCUGACAAGUUCAACCCGGAGCAUUUUCUGGAGAAUGGACAGUUUAAGAAAAAGGAAUCCUUCCUGCCUUUCUCAAUCGGAAAGCGGGUGUGUCUGGGAGAACAGUUGGCCAGAACUGAGUUGUUUAUUUUCUUCACUUCCCUUAUGCAAAAAUUUACCUUCAAGCCCCCAGACAAUGAGCAGCUGAGCCUGAAGUUCAGAAUGGGCCUCACCAUCUCCCCAGUCACCUACCGCAUCUGCGCUGUGCCUCGGACUUGAGGUGCUUGGGAGGGAAACGAGGCACUGGCCUGCUCAGAAGUGAGGGGACAGGAUGAAAGCAGCUCUCAGGAAAGAUGGGAGAAGUUGGAUUCAGAGGAAACGGAAUCUAAAUUCCAGCUUUGUCAUCACCUCUAGCACAACCUUGCACAAGGCAUUUAUGCCAUGAAUGAUUGACCUUUUCUCUCAGGAGAUGAAAAGAGGGUGAUGAUUCCUUCUCUAAUUGAAGCUUCACUGUAAGAAUCAGAAAAAUAAUGGAUUUAAUUUUGGGUAUUAUAAAGCAUAACAUAAAAGUCA